GAGAAACCUAGUUACAAAGCAUACCUUUCUCGGCCUUUUGGCUAAGAUCAAGUGUAGUAUCUGUUCUUAUCAGUUUAAUAUCUGAUACGUGGGUCAUCGACCCACAUGAUAUUAAAUAAAUUUUUUAAAGGGGAAGGCCUAACGCAGUAGCUUGCUACUGGGGCCUUCGCGCGUCGCCUAAACGUUGCACUACAGUUUGGGCUGGCACACCCCUCCAAUGUCAGUCCAAUUAUUAUCUUCUCUCUUGGUUUUUUAGUCAAUGGGUUCCAUUGGAUUGGGUUAAAUUGAUUCUCGGCUUGAUUAUUGUCUUAGUUCCUCGCUCGACUCGGGGAGGGCUGUGGAGUUAAAUCAAUUUGUGCUAGGUCUAGUUUGUUUCCAAAGCCCCACACUACCAUGAAUUGGCAUGGUAUCAUGAGGAGCUACAUCUCUCGGAAUUUACCCGCAGAAGCUCUUGCCACCUAUUCUCGGAUUCGCCAUGACGGACUUUACAUUUUUGGUUUGGUUCCUUUGGUUUUCAAGGCUUGUGCUUCUCUUUCUGUUGUUAAUACCGGGAGAGCUUUACACGCUGAAUCUGUUAAAUUUGGGGCUGAUUUUGAUGUGGUGGCUGCGACCUCCAUGCUUGACAUGUAUGCCAAAUGUGGUGACAUAGUAGCCUCACGACAAGUGUUUGAUAGUAUGCCUAAGAGAAAUGUGGUAUCUUGGAAUGCCAUGAUUGGUGGGUAUGUUUGUAAUGGGGAUAUGAAAUCCGCUUCAAUUUUGUUUGAGCAAAUGCCAGAAAGAACUGUCGUCACUUGGAAUGAGAUGGUCUAUGGGCUUGCAAUCAAUGGUGAUAUUGUCAACGCUAGAUGUAUGUUUGAUUGUGUUCCUACUGAUUUGAAGAAUGUGGUGACUUGGACAGUGAUGAUUGAUGGGCAUGCGACCAAAGGAGAAAUGGAGGCUGCCAGGGAACUUUUUGAAAAGAUGCCAGAAAAGAAUUUCUUUGUCUGGUCUUCGAUGAUUUCUGGGUAUUGCAAAAGAGGUGAAGUUGAGCAAGCCAGGGUUAUUUUUGAUCGGAUUCCAACGAGAAACUUGGUGAUUUGGAAUUCUCUUAUUUGUGGGUAUACGCAAAAUGGAUUUUGUGAGGCAGCUCUGGAAGCAUUUGGUCGAAUGCAAGCCGAGGGGUUUGAGCCAGAUGAGGUUACUGUUGCAAGUUUAUUAUCUGCCUGUGCUCAUUUAGGAGAUUUGGACAAUGGUACAAAAAUUCACCAGAUGAUACAUUAUAAGAGGCUUAAGCUCAACGAGUUUGUUCUAACUGCAUUGAUUGACAUGUAUGCUAAGUGUGGGGAUUUAACCUCUGCAAGGUCACUCUUUGAAGGGAUGAAGGACAGAAACACAGCCAGCUGGAAUUCUAUGAUCACAGGAAGUGCCAGCCAUGGAGAAAGCGAAGAGGCUCUUGAAUUUUUCAGAAGAAUGGAAGAUUCAAAUGUGAAGCCUGAUGAGCUCACAUUUCUUUCUGUUCUCUCAGCCUGUGUACAUGGCGGUUUGGUAGAUGAAGGGCUAAAGAUAUUCCACAAGAUGAAGUCAUAUGCAAUAGUGGCUGGCAUCAAGCAUUAUGGUUGCUCGGUCGAUCUUUUGGGACGUGCAGGAAGAUUAGAAGAGGCUUAUGCUUUAAUCAAAACAAUGCCAAUUGAACCGAAUCAUGCAGUUUGGGGGACUCUAUUGGGAGCUUGCCAAAUUCACUUGGGUACAGAAAUGGUAAGAAGAGUUAUGAAAGAAGUUGGUGCGGAUGGAAGUAGGAGUUCAGGCAGCUGUGAAUCACAUCAUGUGCUUCUUUCAAAUAUAUAUGCUGCUUCUGCCAGAUGGGAAAAGGCUGAAAGGAUGAGGAUGACCAUGUCAAACAAAGGGGUUCGAAAGAUCCCUGGCUCAAGUUCGCUUAUUAGCCCCACUUUCUGAACCACAACGUACCAUGGCUCCAUUGGAGAUUCAUGUGUUAGAAUUUAAAUCUCCUUGGAGAUUCGAAUAGCGCUCUAAAAAUUUAUCUAUAAAAUUGAAUCAAACGAUGGAUUGAUCAAU